GCUGGGAGGAUCUCAGUUGCAGCAGCCGCAGGCAGCAGCACGGCAUUGCCGGGAGCUCAGCCCCUCCGGCCAUGGAGCUACUUUCCACCCCCAAAAAUAUCGAGAUCAACAAUAUCACCUGCGACUCCUUCCGCAUCUCCUGGGCUAUGGAGAAGGGGGAUCUGGAGAGGGUCACCCACUACUUCAUCGACCUCAACAAGAAGGAGAACAAGAACUCCAACAAGUUCAAGCAUCGGGAUGUCCCCACCAAGCUGGUGGCCAAGGCGGUACCCCUGCCCAUGACAGUGCGGGGACACUGGUUCCUGAGCCCCCGCACUGAGUACAGCGUGGCGGUGCAGACGGCAGUAAAGCAAAGCGAUGGCGAGUACCUGGUGUCCGGCUGGAGUGAAACGGUGGAGUUUUGCACCGGGGACUAUGCCAAGGAGCAUCUGGCCCAGCUGCAGGAGAAAGCUGAGCUGAUCGCUGGCCGCAUGCUGCGCUUCUCCGUCUUCUACCGCAACCAGCACAAGGAGUAUUUCCAGCACGUCAGGAUGCACUGUGGGAACGUGAUGAAGCCGUCGCUGAAGGACAACAGUGGCAGCCACGGUUCACCCACCAGCGGCAUGCUCCACGGCAUCUUCUUCAGCUGCAACACCGAAUUCAACACUGGGCAGCCCCCCCAGGACUCACCCUACGGUCGUUACCGAUUCCAGAUCCCAGCUCAGCGUCUCUUCAACCCCAACACCAACCUCUACUUUGCGGACUUCUACUGCAUGUACACUGCCUACCACUACGUUGUUUUGGUCCUGGCACCCAAGGGUUCUGCGGGGGAUCUCUUCUGCCGGGAGCGUCUACCCCAACUGGACAUUUCCUCCAACAAGUUCCUGACGUGCUGUGUGGAGGAGGGCGAGCUGGUGUACCGCCAUGCCCAGGACAGCAUCCUGGAGGUCAUAUACACGGAGCCGGUGGACCUCAGCCUUGGCGUGCUCGGGGAGAUCAGCGGGCACCAGCUGAUGAGCCUCUCCACUGCCAACGCCAAAAAGGACCCCAGCUGCAAGACGUGCAACAUCAGUGUGGGGCGCUAG